AUGACCAGCGAGCGCUCAAGUCACAGCUUUCAGACGCACCGCCUCGUCCCAAGUGCACCGCCGCAAGUGCGAGUCUGCAACGGCCACAAGAGCAGCUCGGACAGUCGCGGAGCUGCCACCAGCGCCUUCUCCGUAGUAAACACUGGCCCGGUGGUCAUCGACUAUGGCAGCACCGUGCACCACCACGUCAAAGACACGUCCGGAGAGACCGCGCCGUCCUGGCUGUCGUCAACUGCUGUCUCUCCAUUGUCUGCGACCUCGUCCACGGCGUCGCAGCUGAAACUCUCGAACUGGCAGACGUUCUACCACUUGCUGUCGUUCAUCACGGGCACUGGAAUGCUGUGUCUGCCACUAGCACUUGUCGAGAUCAAUUGGUACGGCGUGCUGCUGCUCAUUGCUGCAGCAAUUGUGAGCUCCUACACUUCCAAGCUGCUGGUCGACGCUCUGGAUGCAGUUCGCUGGCUGAGAGGCACGAGCGUCUCGUUCAGUGACCUUGGACAGGAAUGUUUCGGUGCACCUGGGAAGCUAAUCACGAGUGUGCUCGUGCACGUUUCGCUGCUUAUUUCGUCCACUGGAUACCUCACACUCGCCUCGUGGUGUCUCGUGGAUGUAUUGGGCCUUCAGUAUGGCACAGUCAUGGUACUCGUUGCAGUGUGCGUGUGGUUCCAAGUCCUUGUGCCGUCGCUUCGGAUGCUGGCGGUGCUGUCAAUCGUGAAUGUUGCCUUUAGCUUCUGGAUUGAAUCGGUCAUCCUGGGUGACGCAAUGUACCCGCUCAAGCAGAUUGCACUGGAACACUCGGACUUCGUCUUUGUGACGCCUGAUCUCUCGAACGUGACAAUGAUGGGGAAGCUCUCGUACACGUUCUCGCUGCUUCUCGGUGGGCUCUUUGGCCACUCGAUUAUACCGACAUUGUACGACGCUAUGGCAGAUCCAGGUCAGUGCAGCACAGUGGUUGUGCGCACGAAGUUGGGGACCACAGCGCUAUUGUAUCUGCCCGUUUGCUGUCUCACUUACGCCGUGUACGGUGCAACGCUUCAAGCGCCCGUCUUUUUUAACAUGCGCAACACCGUCGUGCGGGACCUGGCGAUCGUGCUCUACACCAUUCACCUCUUGUUGUCGUACACGAUCACGUUGUUCCCUCUUCAGCGUGCGUGCGAGCAGUGGAUUGUGCAGACGUCUCGUCGAAGCAACGACCGAGACAGUCCAUUGGAAACUACUGCAGCACAUGGCAAUCUAUUGUUUACGAGUUCAAGUCCCGAACUGUGCAGAAGAGAGCAAGACGGACCCUGUGGCGGCGUAAGGACUACUGCGCGAGUGCUUUGUCGAAGUGUCGUCGUGCUCUUGACGCUCGUUUUGGGCUACUUUAGUGCACCCAGCACGCUCGUGAUUUUUGCGUGGAUGCUCAUUCCUACGGCACUUUUGGCUCUCGUGCUCCCGUGUGUUUUCUACUGUCAAUUGUGCAGUGAAGACGCCACGAAGACGGAUCGAGUUGCCUCGGUGGUCAUUAGCGUGCUUGCUAUCGUGACCGCCUGCUGGAGUCUCGCUGUUAUUAUCGAGUGUUAA